AAAAAAUUAAAUACACUUUGAGAUAUUAGUUUUUAUUAAUUAUAAUCUGCAAAUGGCAACUACUAAAUCUUUUACAAUUUUAAUUUUUAUGAUGUUAGCAACUACUAGUUCAACAUUUGCUACAUUGGGAGAAAUGGUGACAGUUCUUAGUAUUGAUAGAGGUGGAAUUAAGGGAAUCAUUCCGGCUGCCAUUCUCGAAUUUCUUGAAGGACAACUUCAGGAAGUAGACAAUAAUACAGAUUCAAGACUCGCAGAUUACUUUGAUGUAAUUGGAGGAACAGGUACAUGAGGUUUAUUGACUGCUAUGAUAACUACUCCAAAUGAAAACAAUCGACCCUUUGCUGCUGCUAAAGAUAUUAUACCUUUUUACUUCGAUCAUGGCCCUCAGAUUUUUGAACCUAG